GCCACUAUUUCGUUAUUUCCGUAGUGUCUCGUUUUGAUCUUUGUGUUGUAAAUAUAUUUCUUAUUUCAGAAGUUGUUAUUGCUGGUGGAUUCUUGCACUAAGGACAAGUUGGAAUUAGCACCUAUGGAACAACAGUACGCCGCACUCCCACUUCCUACAUGAAGGAGAUGACAGUAUUUGGAGACAUUAAGAGUGCAAUGACUUUGAUUAGCCUGUUGUGAUCAUGGCUGACUCAGGAGUUACCAUGUCAACACCCUCAUUGGGAAAUGGUCCAGAUGAUGUCAAGCCCAACCCAGGGUCAGGUGUGAUUGUUGACCAGCCAGACAACACAGAAUAUGAGCAGUCCCUCCAGAUUGUCCUUGGGACAGUAUGUGGGGUGGUGGGACUAUUGGGCCUAAUCAUUAUCAUCUCCUUGCUUUACAAACUGUAUAAACGCCGCAACUCACGUCGCAGCACUGCAGAUCAUCCAGAAGAGGAAUUGAGUAGCUCUGUAUCUAUAGACUUAGAUCAAAAGCAGAUUCCAACGAUAUUGUUGUUGUAUGCUUCUGACUGUGCUGCUCAUGAAAAGGUUGUGUCUGCUCUGGCUGGGUUCCUCAUCGACACCUGUAACUGCAAUGUACACUUGGAUGUAUUUGAAGAUCAGAUCAUCCACGAAAGAGGACUGGAUGACUGGCUGAUUGACCGACUUCAGGAAGCUGACUUUAUCAUAGUGCUGUGCUCUGUUGGAGCAAGGCUGCGCUGCACAAAGAAGCGUGUCAGAUUUAAGUGUGAUCCCUACCGUACUAUCCCUGAUUAUUUUGCUGUGGCUGUUGACUAUGUAGCAGAGAAAAUGAGAGUUGAGAGAAUGAAAGGAUUGCCAAUGUCUCGCUUUAUUGUAGCCUACAUGGAUUAUUCGUAUAGUAGUGACAUACCUCAUCAGAUUGAAAUGGGAACAAAGCUUCAUUUGAUGAAGGAUAUUUCCAAACUUUUUUGUCAUGUUCAUGGUAUGAAUAACACAGACAAUAUCAAGUUUGGCAAUUUGCACCCAUCAAUGAUUGAUAAAUAUUAUGAAAUCUCAGAAAAUGGUCUGGAGCUUCAGAUUGCUAUUGAAUCAGCCAAAGAGUUCUUUAAGUGCAAUCCAAAUUGGGUUGAAGACAGUAUGGAAGCUUUACCACCUCCCAGCACCAAGUCAAAAUCUCGUCCUGUGAGGAAAAGCUCCUUAGAGCCCUUGUUGGGGGAACUACCAAAUGAUCCACGGGUUAUGGAUACCAAAGUGGAUGUUCACAGACAAAACUUCUUCUCCCCACAUCCAAGUGAACAAGAUCAGAUUUUAUCUUCAAAAUCCCUGUCCAGGCACACAGAUUCUGUCAAAGUGAAGAGCCGAUACUCUGCCAACAUAGAGACAAUUCCUUGCAUAUUGUGUGGCCAGGUAGAGCAUUGCAGUGACAAUUACACUUGCAAAGGCAGAGAACUUAGAAAAAAUGGAUAUGAUAACUUAAAUGAUGACGAGGAUGGUGAAUUUUCCUCUGUUCGAAUCAAAAGUCGAUCUAUGCCUACCAUGUGUAGUACAAGUUUGCACAGUUCCCAGACAGUAUAUCAGGUUGAUGUCCACAAGGAAUGGACAAUUAACGAAAGUCAAAUGUCAGAUGAUGUGGAAUCUCAGGAGUCAAAUCAGGAUCUGGAUGAUCUGGAGCUUGACCUGCAGUCCAUUAUAGCCCCCCAAUCAACUAAAACUAAAACUAUGUCCUUACCAAUCCAUGGAGUGUAUGGUCAAAUGCAGGUGCUCCCCGAGGUGUCCAAAUUUCCUGUUAUUACCCAACAAAGUAGUUCAUCUUCAAGCAUGGGUUCACUUCAGGACAUGUGCAUCUGAGCUAACAGGAAUAUGUUCCAUCAAGUUUUAGCUUGAGAUCUCAGAAUAUUUCAUAUAUAUAUAUAUAUAUAUAUACACACACACACAAAUAUAACACUUAUAUGAUAUUUAAUGGCUUCUUCUUUCCUAUAUACAUACAGUGCUAAAAUUGUUUAUGAGAUAUUCAUAAUUAUUUAUUAAAUUAAGUGCUUAAUUUUCCUUACAUAGAUGAUGUCAAAUUUUGAUUAAGAUACUGUUUUAUUGUUGUUGUGAAUAUGUUGUACAUAACAUGACUUUAUGAUGUAUAAUUAAUUUAGUGGUAUUUAUAUUUUGGUGCCUUUAUUGCUGAAGUAAGAGGAAUAAUUUAUGUGUGCUAAGAUAAGAAUUGCUCUAUUUAUAUUAUAAUUAGCAUAGUAAUGCUAAUUUAUAGUACAUUCAUUCAGAUUGAACUGAUUCUAAAAACAUUAGAAUAAGUGCACGUACAGUGGGUAAGUUAUUGAAAUAACUAAAAUUUUCUUAUCUGCUUUUUUGUCAGUUUUUUAUCAAUUUUUUCUUUUUUCUUUUAUUAUGAUGAAGAAGUCAGAUAUAAGAAUGUUUCAAAAUGAGGCUGUGCAAUACACUUUAUUUUCCAUCAACAGUAAAUUAUUUACAUUAUUAUGUAUUUUUAGGUGUACUCUAAUGGCUGUGACUUUAUUAGUCCCCUACCGGUGGAGUGGAAGGGGACUACUAGUUUGCAAUCUGUCUGUCCGUCAGUGCAUCUGUUUCAACAAUGUGACCUAUUGCUAUUUAUUAAAAAUGGCCAUAAUUUUUGAUAGGAUGGUGAUAGAGCUUUUAUAAAUUUCUUUGAGUUUCCUUAGUGUGACCUUGUGACCUUCACCUUUAAGUUUGACCUACUUUAGAAAAACAUUAACCUUGGCCAUAAUUUUUUUAAUGGUUAAUGAUAGGCUUUUAUAUUUAACAUGUGUAUUUCUUGUGACAAUACCUUCCAUUUGGUACCAAGAUGUGUGAACUUCACCUUUGAAUUUGAUCUACUUUUGAAGAACUUAAAUCUUAGCAAUGACUUGAUAGGACUUUCCUAUUUCACGUGUGUUCCUUGUGACAAGACCUUUCUUUGGGUACCAGAAUUACUUUGCUGCCAUAUGGGGCAUCAAUGUUUCACAAACACAUCUUGUUUUAUUAUUCGAGAUCUAUAUAAGUUAAGGCAUACCAAUUUGUAAUUGAGUUUGUCUGAUUCACAGCAUCUAUUUACAAGAGAUCUAAAUUGUAAUAUUUCCUGGUAUUAAAAAAGUAUCCACCUGAUCGUCCAAAAAUAUUGAUCAUAGAUUUUUUUAUUCAAACACAUGAGAUUUAGGCAACUAGGCAUCGUAUAGCAACAGAAAUGCUGCAGGUAGAAAGUUGUGAAUGUUGAAGACACUAGGUAGAAGUGAAAAUGAUGUUCUUUAUAUGCUUCAUUGUACAAAAUACUGGAGGUGAGGUUUUGCCUAACAUGGCAAUAGAACUCAAGGCUAAGGAUUCAUAAAGCCUUGUUUGAUGCGAUGAUAAAGUCAUGAUUGUUUGCUUUUGGAUAUGACCUUUUUUUAAAAAAAUGGAGGUCCCCUGUCAUGGUAGAGAUUGGCACAAUAAAGAACCCUCACUACUGUGGCUCUGAGCAACUCCUUAGGAUCUCCGUAAUGGUGCAUUCUAAACAUUUACUGACUUUCUUUACAUGAUAUUCUAUGUUUCUUGGUCAAUAUAUAAAUUUCAACCUGCAACUUAUGAUUUGUGAGGCUCUAUUCAACCGAUUUCAACAAUUUCGAUAUAUUCCAAUUUCUCGAUUCAUAUUUGUGCGCCAUGUUUGAUAUACUGAAGUUUCAACUUCCGAUUGUCAAGUUAUUUGCAUAUGCCAUAUAAGGUAGUGUUUACAUCAAUGGACAAGUACAGAGGAGAAAGCUAUUUCGUCGGUAUUAAAAAGGUUUAGAUUUAAUAUCAAGAUAAAAAAACGAACAGUAGAGUGUAAAUUCUUUCUGCAACCAUAUGAUUUUUCUUUCGUUGUCGAAGUGGCUCGAGUAACUACAUUUUUGCGCCGAUUGUCAAUGUUUAGGUUUUUCAGUAGAUCCACCUACGAGAGCUCACAAUAACAGGCAUGGCGGAGCAGACGAAGAAUUUUGCAUGCUGUACAUGAUGUUUAUUGAAAAACACCUUUAUUAGACAUGCCCAAACACAAAGUUGGUACUCCUUUUGGUGUAAACAACAUUUUGGACUAAUACACGGAGCACCAUUAUGGAGAUCCUAUGGAAUUGUAGCCCUAUCCCGAAAAUGUCAGAAUAAAAAAAAUUGGAUAGGGCUACAUUAUUGCAGCUAAUUUAUAACCAAACUUGGCCAAAAGCAUCCUUUGGUGAAGGGCUUUCAAGUUAGUUCAAUUGAAGGGUCAUGCCCCCUUCAAAGGGGAGAUAAUCACAUAAAUGCAAAAAUAGGUUGGGGUCAUUUAAAAAAAUUCUUCUGAAGAACCACUGGGCCAGAAGGGCUGAAAUUUACAUGAAAGCUUCCUGACAUAGUGCAGAUUCAAAUUUGUUCAAAUCAUGGUCCCCCGAGCUAACAUGGGGCCACAGUAGGGAAUCAAAAUUUUACAUACAAAUAUAUGGGGAAAAUCACUGGGCCAGAAAAGUUUACAUGAAAGCUUCCUGACAUGUUGUAAAAAUCAUGGCCCCCAGGAGUAGGUUGGGACCACAAUAGGGAUCAAAGUUUUACAUGUGAAUAUAAAGGGGAAAAUAAUUAAUUAUGAGCCAAGGUGACUCAAGUGAGCGAUGUGGCCCAUGGGCCUCUUGUUAAAAUAGCGUUGCUUUUCCAUUGAAAUGCAUAGAAUCAUCCAAAGAAUGCUGGUAGUGUAUCUGAGUUUUCUUAACAAGAUAUGAUACAAUAAUUAAAUACUAGAAAUAUCCAGUGAUAGGGAAGAAUAUUAACUAUGUUGCCUUUUACUUUAAACAUGUUUUGAAAUUAAUUUAUACUUUUAUCAUAUAUACAGACUGUCACAGUCCUUUUAAGAUUCUUGAUCUGUCUCAUGAAGUAUGAUUUUUUACUAUAAUGUACUUAUAGUAACAAGUAUUGCAGUGCUGAAACAAAUGCUGAUUGCUAGUUGUAGAGUAUGUGAUUCAUAUACAGUCUGUACUACAUUUUGAUUGUUCAAAUGUAAUAUCCCUCUGCAACUAUAGGUUUUUACCUAGUCAACAAAAGAUCUAGAAGUAUAGUAAUGUCUUAUGUAAAUUUUGUAUGUACUUGAAAUGGAAAAAAGAGGAUAUGAAAAUGGUUUAAAUUUUUAAUUUUAGUUAGUAAGACAGAAUGUAGAAUAAUCUAACAUUACUAUAACCCCCUCCCCCUCUAAACAAAGUUUGAGAGGAUAUAUAAAAAUCAUAAUGUCGGUGUGAUGAACAAAUGUUAACUGUCAGGGCCAUGACUUCUUUGUUCUUUGACAUAGAGUUAAGGUACAUCAGAUGCAGACUUCUGACAAUAUGGAAAUAUCCCUUAUUGAUUUUGGGUCAAUUAGUAAUCUGGAUGUGUAUUAAAAAAAAUUCUUGUUGAUGCCGAAAUAAUUAAACUUACACCAAUGGUAAGUACAUGAGGCUAAGUUUUUCUCUGAUUUAGAGGUCAAAUUCAUCUGUAUUGCUUUUAGGUAUAAAAUGUUUUAUUAUAGCCCCCGAACGAAGUUCUGGGGGGUAUAUAGGAAUCACUCUGUCCGUCCGUCUGUCUGUCUGUGCAGAUUCAUAUCCGGGCCAUAACUUCUUUGUUCUUUGACUUAGGCAUACCGUAUUUGGCACACAGGUGGAUCACCAUGAGACGAUGUGUGAUGUACCUUCAUGACCUCCAUAUGACCUUGAACUCAAGGUCAAAAUUAAAGGUUUUUACAAUGGAUUUGUGUCAGGGCCAUGACUUCUUUGACAUAGGCAUACCAUAUUUGACACAUGAGUGUAUCACCAUGAGACAAUGUGUCGGGUACCUUCAUGACCUCUAUAUGACCUUGAACAUUGACCUCAAGGUCAAAAUUGAUUAUAGGGUUUUGACAUAGCCAUACCAUAAGACGUGGGUGUAUCACCAUGAGACUAUGUGUCAUGUACAUUCAUGACCUCUUUAUGACCUUGACCUUUGAUCUCAAGGUCAAAAUUAUAGGUGUAUACCAUGGAUUUGUGUUCGGACUCUAUCUUCCAUUUUCUUCUACAAAGGCAUACCAUAUUUUUACACUCAGGAAAGAGGUAAUUUAUACCUACGGUAUUAACAACACCCUUUGGGAGAUUGGGGUAAGCGGGGGGUAUUCUUAGUGAGCAUUGCUCAUAGUACCUCUUGUUUAAUUACUUGUUGAAGAUGAAUUAAUUUAAAUAAAAUAUUCAUAAAGCAAAUUAAGGAAAGAAGCUUCUAAGAAAAUAAUGAAAUUCAUUGCCCCUGAAUCAGGGUGCUGGUGCUAGAGUGGCCUUUAAGGAUGCUCAGUCUAUGAAAAUUUGUAGCCCUUGGGUCAGGGUGCUGGUGCUAGAGUGGGGUUUCAUAGCACAACUAAUGAAAAAGUAUUCCCUCUUUAAAAAUCUCUCUGACUCCAAGACAUCAAACAACAAUCAACUGACUUGUGAUGGUGGCUCAGUGGUUAGAGCAUUUGCUAAGGUGCAACGCUCGUCUACCUUAGCUGCAUUAAAUUGAAGAUGUAGAAAAGGGAGUUCUGAAUUGACAUGAUAAGGAAUGAUCACUGCUCUGACUUUGAGCACCGUGUAUAGGUCUAAAUUUGUGUCAAUAUGAGUGAAAAAUCUCAAAAAAACAUUAAAAUAAACAAUAAUUGUGAAAUUUGUGACCCCUGGGUCAAAGAUGAAAUGCUAAGGCAAAACUUUAUGGCUCAUAUAGUAAGAAUUUUGUUAUUUCUUUAAAAAUCCCAAAUGUUCCUGGAUCAGAAGUGCUGGGGAUAGGUGGAGCUUUAUGGCCCAUAUUCUUUGUAUCUACAGGUAGUUGACUUCUUUGUAGUAAAGAGACAGAAGCUUUGUACUUGGCACAGGCAUGGAAAAUGGUUUAAGACCAUAUGAUGUGUUGUGAUCGAUUACAAAAUCUGAAGACAGUUUUGUUCUCUGAGUUUAGAAAAUUUCAUUAUUGCACCAUCAACCUGUAACAAUUCUUUUACACUGUCCGUACAUUAAAGGUUUAUGUGUGUGAUGUUAAUGAGCCUCUUGUUUAGAAGAAGAGCAUGGAAAUUUUAGUACAAUUUUCUGUUUCAUAGUGCUUUUUAUUUAUUUUUUAUCACAGAAAUAUACAAACCUCUGAAAUUGAUAUUAGGAACUCUUGAGAUGAAGUAUUAUCUGAUAUACAUUUUGAAGAAGCAGCUGAUUUCAACAUGUACCACCUUAAUUUUUGUGUUGAUAGAAAUAUGUUCGUUGUAAUUUAAAAUCAACAUAAAAUAACAUUUGAAGUGCAAAAUGGUCACAACUGAUACUUAAGAUAUUUUCAAUGUUUUUAUUGAAGUACAACUGUACAUUAAAGGAGAUUUAAUGAUGCUGAUUAUAAAAAGUGUACAUUUGUAUUGCUAAAUGUUGAAUUUUGAGUGCAAAAAAAGGGAAUUGUAAAACUGUAUACACAUAUAUCACAUGGCUGUCUUAAGAGUUAUAAAAAAGUUACUGCAGAUCACUUUUAAGAUGCAAGAUCUUAUUUUUGUGAGGAUACAAAUGAUGUAUCUAUUCAUGAGAUGUAACUCUUGUGAAUCCAUUAUUUAUUGCUUAAUGAAGUUUGCACUUGACAUUUAGAGUAAUGUCAAUUUUUUUGGGAAGUGUAUUUUUAAUUUCUACGUUGAGAAGGAGAAUUAGGAAACUGAAAAGAAAAACUGGAGUCGCAAUGCUUGUUAUUGAGCUACAGUGUUCUAAACUUGACCCUUUUGCAGUUAAAAUUUAUUCAAUUAAACUUAAUUUGUCUGUUGGUGUCCAUACAAUAUAAGCAACAUAAAUCAAUCAUUACAUGAAAUAGAUAUGUAAUCAUGUCUUCUAAUAAUACAAAUAAAAAAAGUGUAAUACAAGUAAUGGAAAUAAAUAAUGACCUUUUUGCACUUGAUAUACAGAAAAAUUCAUGAUAUCAAAUAGUAAUGUUAAUUUCUAAAAUUUCACAUAAUUUUCAAGGUCUUGUUUAAUUUAAAAUAUAAAAUGAAACUUUAAAAAAAGUGGGGGUUGGAGACCAAAUUUUUAAAUUAUUGGCGAAAAUAUUGAAUUUCUAUACAAAAUUUCGAGUAAAUUAAUUUAAACUUUUUAAGAAUUAGUGUUCUAUUUUGAAAAAUAUAACCAAAUUAAUAAAUUACAACAAUUGAUCUAGUUUCAAGUCUCAACUACUUGAAUCAUAAAUUUUAAAACCAAAAUACACGUAUAGGAGUAUAAAAAUAGAAGAUAUACUAGUAUUAGAUGAAUCAGAAACUGUUACAUCACGCAGAUUUAGAAGUUUUUAAUUAAUCAAUCCUUCUGCCACAAAAUAUAGUCCCAGCAAAACCCUUUCAAAAUUUGAAUUGACACAAUUUUUUUCAAGUGGAUAGGGUUCAGUAAUAGAUGUGUAAUAUGUCUGCACUUCUUCUACAGUUAAGAGUUUAUUUGUGAGAACUAAAUUUUAGUGAAUAACUCUAGUCUCAUCAAUUUUUACGCUUGAAUGAUAUUCUCGCAAAUAAAAUGUGAUUCAAGUAUUGUACAAGUAAAAAUAUAUAAUUAUAGUACAAAGUGUAUGCAGGUAACAUCUGUUAGAUAUUAUAGUAUUUGUUCAGGACGAAGGCAUUCAAUGAAACAUAUCGUAAAUUAUUCAUUGCACCAUAUUUUAUGAAAUGAUUAAUUUUGAUAUUUGUUUGAUUGAUAUAUCAUCAGGUGUUUGUUUGUAAUUGUAGUGGAACAUACUUUGUUCUGUGAUUGUAAAUGUUAAGUGUAACGACUGUGUAAAUGUUAAGUGUAAUGACUGUGUAAAUGUUAUAUAAGUAUGUGUAAUGACUGUGUAAGUGUAAAUGUUAAGUACGUGUAAUGACUGUGUAAUAUGACUGUGUAAAUGGUUUCAGUGUAACGAUGUACAUGUCAGUUGAAAGUGUGUACUUUUGGAAACAUUGAUUUUUUUCAUAGUAAUGCAACUAUAAGUAUUAAAAUCACAAACUAUGA